GUGACCGAAACCAAAUGCCAACACUAUUUAGGCCAGUAUUGCGCGGGCGGUAACGGCAACUGGUCUGGUGUUGUCGACUGGCCACCUGUCAAAGGGGUCUCUGUCCGCUCGUUUAGCGCACACAAUGACAGCACUUCCCGAUCACCGGUGCUGUCAAACGGCUCACUCAAGAACUCGUCGGUUAGAAACUGCGAGACUAGUGACGACGACCAAUCAUGGAAUACAACGCGUCCGGAAUUCUCUCAAUGCUUUCGUCAAACGGUAUUAAUAUGGAUACCGUCGGCAUUCCUGUGGCUUUUUGCGCCCAUGGAGUGCAUUAUAAUCGCCCGAUCGAAGGCUCGACUCAUACCGUGGAAUAUAUAUAACAUGUCAAGAAUUAUAUCCGUAGCCAUCAUAUGUCUGUUUGCAUUACUCGACUGUCUAUUCUGUAUAUACCUGUAUGGCGUACACGACGAACAACGCGACGCUUUCCAAUUUGCCGCCCCUUUUGUCACUUUUGCUACUUUUUUAUUACUCGAAUAUUUCAUCGAUGGAGGGGAAUACACACGAGUGGAGUGGUUUGGCUUUUCCUGU